GUUUCCUUUUUAUCACCUUCUAUGGAUCUCUCUCUUUUUCUCUCUCCCACCAUUGUUAGCAUUUCAGUCACUCGGAGACAAACCUGAGUUGUAUAUAAAACCCAUAUUUUUUAAGUUCCCGAAGAAUUUCAAAUCCAUUAUCCAUAAGAAUUGCAAUGCUCUGACGAAUUGGAUUUGAAAUCCCCACUCUCUCAAUUUGGGAGGCUAUCGAAUGGGUCUCUGCAACUCCAAACCUUCCACGAGCCCCAGCCCGUCCUCUCCAAAAUCCGAUCUUGAACCUGCUAAGGAAAAUUCUAUUCCGGCCAGCAAUAGCGCUGUUCCAGCCAGGGAUAGCACCAAAAAGACUUCGAGCUCCGCCAAUGGCGAGAGCCAAAACCCUACCAGCGAGCAGAACGGGAAGAAAUCUCCGUUCUUCCCGUUCUACAGUCCGAGCCCGGCGCAUUACCUCUUCUCGAAGAAGUCUCCGGCGAGAUCUCCGGCAAAUGUGAGCUCGAACUCGACGCCAAGUCGAUUCUUCAGGAUGCCGUUCCCACCGCCGUCGCCGGCGAAGCACAUACGGGCCGCGCUGGCGAGGCGUCACGGCUCGGUGAAGCCAAACGAGGCAUCGAUACCGGAGGGGAGCGAGGCGGAGCGCGUGACCGGGCUGGACAAGAGCUUCGGGUUCUCCAAACAUUUCGGGAGCAAGUUCGAGCUCGGAGACGAGGUCGGGCGAGGACAUUUCGGGUAUACUUGCGCCGCCAAGUUCAAGAAGGGCGAGCUCAAAGGCGAACAGGUCGCCGUAAAAGUCAUACCCAAAGCCAAGAUGACCACUGCCAUUGCCAUUGAGGAUGUGAGAAGGGAGGUAAAAAUAUUGAGAGCAUUGACUGGGCAUAACAAUCUAGUACAGUUCUAUGAUGCUUAUGAAGACCAUGAUAACGUGUAUAUAGUAAUGGAGUUAUGCGAAGGAGGGGAGCUCUUGGAUAGAAUACUAUCAAGGGGUGGGAAAUAUACAGAAGAUGAUGCAAAGGCUGUCAUGAUACAGAUAUUAAAUGUUGUUGCGUUUUGCCAUCUCCAGGGUGUGGUGCACCGUGAUCUUAAACCUGAGAAUUUCCUGUUUAUAUCAAAGGAUGAAAACUCACAAUUGAAGGCCAUAGAUUUUGGCUUGUCAGAUUUCGUGAAACCAGAUGAAAGGCUUAAUGACAUAGUUGGUAGUGCAUACUAUGUAGCUCCAGAAGUUCUACAUAGAUCGUACAGUACUGAGGCAGAUGUAUGGAGUAUUGGUGUAAUUUCUUAUAUCCUGUUGUGUGGUAGCCGUCCGUUUUGGGCCAGAACUGAGUCUGGGAUCUUUCGGGCUGUAUUAAAAGCUGAUCCAAGUUUUGAAGAACCACCUUGGCCCUCUUUGUCCGCUGAGGCAAAAGAUUUUGUUAAGCGCCUAUUGAAUAAAGACCCACGGAAAAGAAUGACAGCUGCUCAAGCUCUAAGUCAUCCAUGGAUUAAAAAUUUUAAUGAUGCAAAAGUUCCACUCGACAUACUAAUAUUUAAACUCAUGAAGGCAUAUAUGCGAUCAUCUUCUCUUCGAAAAGCUGCUUUAAAGGCUCUAUCUAAAACGUUGACUGUAGAUGAGCUAUUUUAUUUGAAGGAGCAGUACGCACUGUUGGAACCAAACAAGAGCGGCACCAUAAGCUUAGAGAAUAUCAAAGCGGCCUUGAUGAAAAAUGCAACAGAUGCUAUGAAGGAGUCACGAGUCCCUGAUUUCCUAGUGUCGCUUAAUGCAUUGCAAUACAGAAGGAUGGACUUUGAGGAGUUCUGUGCAGCUGCACUAAGCGUGCAUCAACUUGAGGCUCUUGAUCGGUGGGAGCAACAUGCCCGUUGUGCCUAUGAACUUUUUGAGAAGGAUGGAAACAGGGCUAUUGUCAUUGAGGAGUUGGCUUCGGAACUUGGCCUCAGCCCUUCUGUGCCUGUUCACGCUGUUCUUCACGAUUGGGUUAGGCAUACUGAUGGAAAGUUGAGCUUCCUUGGGUUUGUCAAAUUGUUGCAUGGUGUAUCUAGCCGGACCCUUGCAAAAGCUCAAUAAAAGCUGUGUAGCCCAUACUGGAGAUCCAAGAAGCAUUCAAGAAGCAUUAUGCUGACUUGACCUGCAAAAGAGCUGGUGAUGGAUGAUUAAGGCACUUUCUAGACCUUUACUAUCGGGGGAUAUUUGCCAUUUCUAUUAGGGUCAGCACAGUUUGUUUUGGAUUAUUUUCAUCUUGACGGGCCAUGCUUGAGUGCACUCAGGAUUGGAGUUGACCCUUGUGCUCCUUCAAGCGAUGAGGCGCAUGAAUUUUGUGCUUCCUCUGUAAAGCUGUAGUUAAGUCUGUUUAGUAGCAGGUGAGAAUAUUUUAUCAAAUGUUUGUUACUUGUUUGACGAUCACACUUGAUUUUCUGACACAUUGGGCUGGUGUGACAUGUCCAAAGUUGCCUUGAUCACACUCUGGGCUUCAUUCUUUCUAAUCAAAAGUCUCUGCUCAUCUUCACCCCA